GAUAGGAAAUAUAAAAAAAAAAAUAUUUCAAAAUGGACCAAAACUUAGAUUUUCCACCAAUUUGGCCUAACAUAAUUACCACAUUAAAGAAUUAUGUGGAAUGUCCUGAACAACUUCCGAUACAUCAAAUUGAUUUGGCUCAAUGUUAUUGGCCAAGAAAACCUGAUGUUGUUUCUUUAUUAACUUAUGAAUUAUCACCACAUGGUACAACAUUAAAAUUUGAUCGUGAUCCAAUAACAGGAUGUCUAGCACAAAUGCAAGAAAUUAUGUUAGAAGAAGUAGGAAAAAAUUCGAAAAAUUCAAUGUCAAUGAAACGUAUACCUGGAGCAGUUACAGAUGACAUUAGAGGUAAAAUUACUAAUAUACCAUUUUGGCCUGGUGGUUUUGAUGAGCCUGUUGUAUUGGAAGAGACGACAGAAGAUGUUGAUUUUGAAAGAAAUUUAAGAACACUACCAGAAGGAUUCAGUUCUGGUAUAGAAUUUGAAGCUGAUAAUAAUACACCAAAGAAAAAAGAUAAAUCUGUUAAUGCAUCAAAAACAGACAAACAAGUUAUAGAUGAUACAACAAAGAAAAUAAAUUUAAUGGCUCUCGAAGAGGAAGAAGAAUGUAAUCUUAAUUGGCCAAAUGUAGAAGAAUCUAAAGAAGAAAUAAAAAAGAAAAAUGAUGUAGAGAAAACUGUAGAAAUAUCUAAAAUGGAUGAUAAUCCAUUACCAUCAUCAGAAAAGCAAGAAGUAGCAGUAUUAAAAAUUUCUAAUGAAUCACAGUCAAAUAAAAUUGAUGAAAUGGAAUGGGCAGAACAAAUUGAUGUAUCUGUACCAGUAACAGAUUUCAAAACAAAAAUACCAGAUCCAGCAAUGACAUAUGAAUACGAAUUAGAUACUUUUCAAAAGCAGGCAAUACUUAAGUUAGAAGAAAAUUGUAAUGUUUUUGUUGCUGCACACACAUCUGCAGGAAAAACUACCGUUGCUGAGUAUGCUAUUGCAUUAACUCAAAAACAUCUAACAAAGGUAAUUUAUACUUCUCCUAUCAAAGUAUUAUCAAAUCAGAAAUUCCGUGAUUUUAAAAAGAAAUUUGACAGCGUUGGAUUAAUAACAGGAGAUGUUCAAAUCAAUGAGACCGCAUCUUGUCUUAUUAUGACCACAGAAAUAUUAAAAUCAAUGAUAUACGGUGCAUCAGAAGUUCUUAGAGAUUUGGAAUUUGUAAUAUUUGAUGAAGUACAUUACAUUAAUAAUGAAGAUCGUGGUCAUGUGUGGGAAGAAAUUGUAAUUCUUUUACCACAAACAGUGAAUAUAGUUAUGUUGUCAGCGACUGUGCCAAAACCAAUAAUAUUUGCAAAUUGGGUUGGUCGUAUUAAAAAAAGGAAAAUGUAUGUAAUCAGCACAUUGAAAAGACCAGUACCGUUGAAGCAUUAUUUGUAUGUUCCUAAUAAUACUAAAAAUCGUGGCGAAUUAUUUACAAUUCUAGACGAAAAUGAAGAAUUUUUAUUAAAUGGAUGGCAUAUAUUAUACGAUUUUGUACAUUUUUUAAGCAGAAAUGAUAAAUUACCUGUCGUUGUAUUCACAUUGUCCAGAAAACGUUGCGAUACUAAUGCGAAUAAAUUAAAAAAUAUUACGUUAACUAAUCAUGUUGAAAAAAUGCAAGUUAGAUCAUUCUUCGAGCAUACUAUGAAAUAUUUGAAAGGUACUGACAAACAUUUACCACAAGUUUGUAUGAUGCAAGAUCUUUUAGAAAGAGGCAUUGGUAUACAUCACAGUGGUAUAUUACCCAUUUUAAAGGAAACUGUUGAAAUUCUUUUCCAAAUGGGUGUUGUUAAGUUAUUAUUUGCAACUGAAACAUUUGCUAUGGGAGUAAAUAUGCCAGCCCGAACAGUAGUAUUUGAUUCAAUCAAAAAAUAUGAUGGCAAUGUAUUUCGAAUGUUACUUCCUACCGAAUAUAUUCAAAUGGCAGGUAGGGCUGGUCGUCGAGGCCACGACACAACUGGUACAGUUAUUAUAAUGUGUCACAAAGAAAUUCCACAUUUUCUUGAAUUAAGACCUUUGAUGAAAGGUGAAUCGAAAACAUUGGAAUCACAAUUUAAAGUAACAUAUUCAAUGGUUUUAAAUUUGAGAAGAACUAAUGAAUUAGUUACUGUACAAUCUAUGAUGAGAAGAUCAUUUAAGGAAUCAUGUUUAGUAUUAAAAGAAGAUAAAUAUCAAACUGAUUUAAAUAAAGUAGAAGAAGAAUUAGCAAGUUUACCACCAUUAACCGAUGUACAAAAGGAAUUGUCUAAUUUCUAUGAAAUAGCUAUGAAUUAUUUACAAGAAUUACGUUAUUUGAAGCCAUUUAUGCUUGAAAAUAAAAAAGCUAAGAAAAGUUUAUCCAAGGGUAGAGUUGUAAUAAUAUCGUAUAAAAAUCAUUUUAGAAAAUUAGGUAUAUUACUUGGAAUCAUUUCAUCUAAAGUCUUUGGAAAUCAAUAUCAAGUAUUCGUAUUAAAAGAUGGAAAUCAGCAAGAACCUACAACUGACAAACAUUCGGACAAUUCAGAUAAUGAAAUUAAUAAAGAAAAUUCUGAAAAUUGGUAUAAUAUUAUUGCUUUAACCAAAAAGAAUUUAUUUGUACCAUGUGGAGCACCAUCUCAUGAAGUAAUCGUUAUUCCUCCGUGGAAUUUAAUCGAAAUAACAAAUCAUCUCCUUAAGAUCGAUUGCAAUAUGGUAUUGAAAGAUUGGGAAAAGAGACAAAUAUUUAGAUUUAGGAAUGAUAAACCUGGACCUACGUGUCAAGCAGUCGUUCAAGAAUUAAUGGCAAUAUCUGUAUAUUCUAAAAAAAAUAAUGACAUAUUGUCACCAUACAUAAAAUGGAAAGUACCUGAAAAUUUAAAUCCUAGAUUUAUACAUUUACGCAAACAAAUGCAAGCUUUAGAAAAAAUCAAGUGUACAGAUAUACCAAAUUUCGAGGAACAAUUUGAAGUUGUAUUUCAUCGUAUGGAAUUAUGCAGAAAACAAAAGAAACUUCAAUUAAAGCUCAGCGAUGAAGGAUUAUCUUUAUAUCCAGAUUAUAUAAAUAUGGUUACAAUACUUAAACGUCUUGGAUAUAUAGAUAACGAUGAAAGAGUUGCUUUAAAAGGUAGAGUGGCAUUACAAAUGGGAGUUAAUGAAUUAAUAUUAACAGAACUUAUUUUAAAAAAUGUAUUAACACCUUUACAACCAGCUGAAAUUGCUGCGUUAUUAUCUGCUGUGAUAUAUCAACAAAAGGGUGAAGAAUUUUCCCUACCACCUAGUUUUAAUCAUUUAACAAAAGAAUCUGUAGUUUUGUAUAAUUUGCAUCAAGAUUUACAUAAAUUAGAACAAGAGUAUCAAUUAAAUACACUGCAACCAUUGAAUUUUUCUUUGAUGGAAGCUGUUUAUGAAUGGGCACAAGCAAAAUCAUUUGCUGAAAUAAUGCAAAAAGUUGAUGUACAAGAAGGUAUUAUAGUCAGAGUCAUUCAACAACUUAAUGAAACAUUGCAAGAUAUGAAAAAUGCAGCUGUGGCAAUUGGUGAUCCAGUUUUAAAAGGAAAAAUGGAAGAAGCAUCGACAGCAAUAAAACGUGAUAUAGUUUUUGCUGCAUCCCUAUACAUUCAAGAAUAAUUAUUAUGAAAUUAUUGUAAAUUUAAUAUUUUCUCUUGUUGGAAAUGAAGAAGAAAUCAGGAUG